AUGAACUGGACAGGUUUGUACACCUUGCUCAGUGGCGUGAACCGGCAUUCGACUGCCAUUGGUCGAGUAUGGCUCUCGGUCAUCUUCAUCUUCAGGAUCAUGGUGCUGGUGGUGGCUGCAGAGAGUGUGUGGGGUGAUGAGAAGUCCUCCUUCAUCUGCAACACCCUUCAGCCCGGCUGCAACAGCGUCUGCUACGACCACUUUUUCCCCAUCUCCCACGUGCGGCUGUGGUCUCUGCAGCUGAUCCUGGUCUCCACCCCGGCUCUUCUCGUAGCCAUGCACGUGGCUCACCAGCAGCACAUAGAAAAGAAAAUGCUGCGACUCGAGGGUCAUGGGGACCCCCUCCACCUGGAGGAGGUGAAGAGGCACAAGGUCCACAUCUCAGGGACACUGUGGUGGACCUAUGUCAUCAGCGUGGUCUUCCGGCUGCUGUUCGAGGCCGCCUUCAUGUAUGUCUUUUAUCUGCUCUACCCGGGCUACGCCAUGGUGCGGCUUGUCAAGUGUGAGGCCUACCCCUGCCCCAACACUGUGGACUGCUUCGUGUCCCGCCCCACUGAGAAAACCGUCUUCACUGUCUUUAUGCUGGCUGCCUCUGGCAUCUGCAUCAUCCUCAACGUGGCCGAGGUGGUGUACCUCAUCAUCCGGGCCUGCGCCCGCCGAGCCCAGCGCCGCUCCAAUCCACCCUCCCGCAAGGGCUCAGGCUUUGGCCACCGCCUGUCACCUGAGUACAAGCAGAACGAGAUCAACAAGCUGCUGAGUGAGCAGGACGGCUCCCUGAAAGACAUACUGCGCCGCAGCCCGGGCACCGGGGCUGGGCUGGCUGAGAAGAGCGACCGCUGCUCGGCCUGCUGAUGCCACGCACCAGGCAACCGCCCAUCCCACCCCCCCAACCCUGCCCUGGGCCUACCCCUUCUUCUCCCCUGCCGGCGUGCAGGCCUCUGCCUGCUAGGGACUGCUCCAUCAACAUCUUCCUGCCCUGCCAUCUCCCUUCCUCCCAGGGCCUUCCGUCUGAGGGGCCGAACAGGCUGGGAGCUGGAGGCCACCCACGGCCAGUGCUCAAGGUUGGGGGGGUGUGGGCAGCUCUUCUUGUCCGUCCGCCUUUUCCCUUCCCUCUCCCUCUCCCUGGGGCCGCUGGGGACAAGAGAUAGGAUGCUCUGACAGCAUCUCCAAUUGUGAAACUAAUCUUAACCCCGUGUUGUCAGAUACCCUAUUUCUGGAGUCACAUCAGUGGGGAGGGACG